CAGACCCAGCCUAGAGUUCCACACCCGCCCCUCCCCCCAACACCAGUCACAGCCCUGCAGUUGAGGAGAUGGACGCGUCAGCAUCCCAAAACAAGCCUCAACCACGGACCAGAGCCUGCGAGAGUGAGUUGAGAUGCCAGGGACCUGAACCCUGAGGAUGCCGACCCUGCAAACCUAACAGGCCAUGGAUGCUGCUCCCUCAGUAUGGCCCUGGGCUGAGCCAGCGAGGAUGGGCUGGUGGGUGAGAAACUUGAAUUGCUGUGCCUGGAUCCCUCCUCCCACAAAUCCACUAAGAGUGCACCAGGUGACUGAUCUGUGUGCCAGAUUGGACCUGAGUUUGCUGAGCUCUUUCUCUGCAAAUUUGCGACUGCUCUCUCCUUAAACCUCCCCCGUUUUUUGUUUUUUUUUUUUUUCUGAUUGAAUUCCACAAGUCAAGACUCCUGAAAACCCCAGCCCAGAGGAUUAGAUGGCUGGAGAUACGGCAUGACAGUCAGAGAGUGAGAUAGAGAGAGAAUCAAGCUUGUGUUCUAAACAAUGUAUAUUAUCAGGACUUAAGAGAGAGAGUUAGAAGGAUAAAAAGAAGGAUUCAGACAAUAAGAUGAGAAAGAUCAAAAGGAUGGAUAAAAAGGGAAGCUAGACAGAAAGACAGACAGACAGAAGGCAGUGAAGAGAGCCAGGCUGAAGAGAAACUGGAGUGGCAAGAAAGGAGCAUUCUGGCGAACUCUUGUCAGACUCAGCAGCUCAGAGAUAAUAGCAGGAUAACCGGCACAGUUCCUUCACUGUUAAUCCUUAAGUCUGCCACAUGAAGACUCCAGAAGGAAAUGUACCUGAUAGAAGGUCCCUGUAUUACCCAGGAUGUUACUUAUUUUAUACAUUAACCAGCAACCUCCAUUCUCCCACUGCCACAAUCAUCUCUAUCAGCAAAGACAUACACAGGCAGGAAGCGUCAAGACCCAGGCUGGGAUGCUGAGCAGGGGUUGGAGAGAGACAGAGAGUCCUCCUGAGGACAAAGACUGCAGAGGACACCUCCAAACGGGGCACUGCUGCAGAUAGAAGAACCUCAAAAAAUAGAUCCAGGUGACCCCUGGAACCCCCAUCUCCUCUCCAGCCCCUGUUUAGUGAGAUGUCAUCAAUAGCACCCUCUUCCACCACCGCCCCAUCACCAAGACCCCGCUCCACCAAGGAAGAAGGGACUUCAGCUUUUGAGACUGCGUCUGGGGACAUCGUAGCCCUUCCACCAUCGAAGGAUCGGUUUCUGAUACAGCCAGUCUCCCCUGAAGGCGCAAGGCGAGCCAUCUGUUACCAGCGUUGCUUCCUGGGGCGGAUAGUCCACCUCGACACACGCCAGAGACACGAUGUCAACCGCGUGAGAAGGAGCCAUUCGCCUUCUUGGCUGCAAGAUGGAAGACCAGGAGCCGACCUGGCAGAAGGGAGGGCUGGAUGCGUCUGAGGCCCUGUCCUGCCCGGACAGUGAGGCCUCUACCCCAAGCUGCACACUGGGGGCCCUGUACUGGGCCUGUGUCCGCAAUGACCCUGCCCAGCUGCAAGCCAUGCUGGAAGAUGGGGUCUCCCCAGAGGAAGCCACCCAGGUGGACGGCAACGGGAGGACAGGCCUCAUGGUCGCCUGCUACCAUGGUUUCCAAAGUGUGGUGGCCCUGCUCAGCCGCUGUCCUUUCCUGGAUGUGAACCAGCAGGACAAAGAAGGGGACACAGCCCUCAUGCUGGCUGCCCAAGCAGGCCACGUGUCUCUGGUGAGUCACCUGAUCAACUACUAUGCAGGCCUUGACCUGGAGCGCCGGGACCAGCGGGGACUGACCGCGCUGAUGAAGGCCGCCAUGCGGGAUCGCUCAGAAUGUGUCGCUGCCCUCCUCAUGGCAGGUGCUGACCUGACAGCCGUGGAUCCCGUCCGGGGCAAGACCGCCCUGGAGUGGGCGUUUCUGACAGACAGCUUCGACACAGUGCAGAGGAUCCGGCAGCUGCUGCGGCGGCCCCAAGUGGAGCAGCUCAGCCGGCAUUAUCAGCCUGAGUGGCCAGCCUUGCCCGGGCUCGUGGCCCAGGCUCAGGCCUCCCCGUCUCUCCUAGAGCGACUGCAGGCCACCUUGACCCUCCCCUUUGCGCAGUCUCCUCAGGAAGGGGGUGUCCUGGACCACCUUGUGACCAUCACCACCAGCCUGGCCAGUCCUUUCCUCACCACCGCCUGUCACACCCUGUGUCCUGACCACCCCCCCGCACUGGGAACCCGAAGGAAGUCUGUACCCGAGCUGCUGGGCACUGCCCCGCCCCCGCCCCCAGCCCCCCAGCCCCCUCAGGAAGUCCCCGGCCCCCGGGUCUUCACCCCCUACCAGAGCCCUCAGGGUGUGCUGAGCAUGUGCCCCCAGUGGCUCCAGCCCAGGGAUAGUACCAGCCCCAGGCCCCGAGCCCCCAAGAUCCUCCUGUCCAAGGCACCCUCAGCUGGCUUUCAGUGGAAGCCAGAGCCCAGGGCUUCAGGGAACCGAAGGCUGUCCCUUCCUGUCUGGAGAUACCAGGAGCUCAGGAUGGAGAGGAGGAGACAGGAGGAGGCCGGAUUGGCACAGAGCCAGGGGAAGACCGGCUAGGCAGGGCUGGGAGCAGGUCACCAGGGCCCUCCCUUAGGCUCCUUUGCCCUCUAGAGGCCCUUCAGCCUUCCCCCAGCUUCUAAGUGGCUCUGCCCUCAGGCUGUGUACAGGGUUAUUCAUACAGCAUUGUUUGCAACAAUAAAAGAGUGGAAACGA